GAAUCUCCUACCACAACUACUACGGAGACUCCAACCGCAACAACAACCAUCACCACUACGACAACAACAACAGAAACCCCAACCACAACCACAGAAUCUCCUACCACAACCACUACAUCAACAACCACCAGCACUACAACAACAACAACGACCACUACUACAUCAACAACAUCAACUGUAAGCCCAACAACAACAGAGACACCAACCACAACAACUACCACCACCACUACGACAACAACAGAAACUCCAACAACACCACCACCAACCACAACAACAACAGGAAGCACAACCCCAAUCACAACCACAACCACCACCACCACUACGACCACUACAACAACAGAAACUCCAACCACACCUACUACAUCAACUGUAAGCCCAACAACAGAGACACCAACCACAACAACUACCACCACCACUACAACAACAACAGAAACUCCAACCACAACCACUACACCUACAACAACAACCACCAGCACUACAACAACAACAACGACCACUACUACAUCAACAACAUCAACUGUAAGCCCAACAACAACAGAGACACCAACCACAACAACUACCACCACCACUACGACAACAACAGAAACUCCAACAACACCACCACCAACCACAACAACAACAGGAAGCACAACCCCAAUCACAACCACAACCACCACCACCACUACGACCACUACAACAACAGAAACUCCAACCACACCUACUACAUCAACUGUAAGCCCAACAACAGAGACACCAACCACAACAACUACCACCACCACUACAACAACAACAGAAACUCCAACCACAACCACUACACCUACAACAUCAACUGUAAGCCCAACAACAACAGAGACACCAAUCACAACAACAACCAUCACCACUACGACAACAACAACAGAAACCCCAACCACAACCACAGAAUCUCCUACCACAACCACUACAUCAACAACAUCCACUGUAAGCCCAACCACAACAUCUCCUACCACAACUACUACAUCAACAACAUCCACUAUAAGCCCAACCACAACAUCUCCGACCACAACCACAACAACCACUACCACUACUACAACUACU